GUUAUGGGACAUCUCUACUCAGUUGCAUUUAGCCUGUUGCAAUAUGGAGGUUGCUUUCAUUGUGUGUGUCCUCUUUGGGGUGUUCCUGGGCCCUGCAGAUGGACAUGUGGUUGCUAAUUUCGGGGAUUUACCUGACUGCAUUAAGUUCUUCUACAAGGAGUAUGUUCCAGAUUUGGGAGCUUCCCAGCCAGAUGUGGUCCGUUUAUGUCAGCGCUACGUAAACAUGUAUCACUUCGCCACACUAUACAACACAUACUACCGCAUCGCUGUCUAUUCUGCUUACAUCUUUGAGACAAGCAAUGGUGGAGGCAGAGAGUCACGCUGGUUCAUAGAGCCACAGCUGGUGGAUCCCUCAUGGACCAGUGAAAUGCAAGAUGGGUAUAAGAUGGCGCAGGAGAACCCAGACAUCUAUCUGGGAGAAAGACAGGCUCUGAAUGAAGACUUCACAAACUCAGGAUUUGACCGUGGACACCUAAACCCCAACGGACAUCAUCCAGUUCCAAGUCGUAAUGCCACCUUUACCCUCACCAAUGUGGUGCCCCAAAACCCAACAACGAACCAGAACGCUUGGGCAAACCAUGAGUCUAAACUGACCAACCUGUUUGAAGAAAGAUGUCAUCAGGCUUUUGUGCUGGUUGGUGCCAUCCCUUCUUCUAACAACUGGAUCGUCAAGAACAAUGUCAAAAGAGUCAACAUCCCAGAGUACGUCUGGAACGCUUACUGCUGCGUCGAUCAAAAUGGUCGUCCCAUCCUAAGUGGUGCUGCAACUGCUCUCAACACGGAGCAGAAUGUUGUAGUGGAACGCACCUUAGAUGAGAUGGUUGACUUCCUUCAGCAAUACUCUGAUGCACCCGUGAAUGAGCUGUUUAGCGGUCAAUGCACAGUUUAGGCUAACUCAUUCACUUGAAUAUAUUAAAUCUGUUGAGCAUUAACAAUAGGACUUAAUUCUCUGCUUUUAAAUCACAACAUUACGCACCAUUAUUUUAAAUAAUAUAUAUGAUUUAUUCUCUUGGAUAAGCAAGGGAGAUACACCAAUACCAAUACCAUUCCAUACUGUUGAACUGACUUUUAAUUGCAGUACAUAAUUCAUGCAGUUUAUGAAAAGGAUAUGCUGCUGCGCAUGUAAAAUGCACGCUACAUCUGGUUUUAUUUAACCUUAGCCCAGCCUAUAGCCACCUUUAGUUAAGAGCAACUUCUCUAUAUAUUUAAAAAUAAAAAAAGCCACAUUCUAUGCUUUACACUGAUAUGAUAUACCCAUCUAUGUGCUUAUUAAAUAAAAUAAAAAAUGUUAAUUUCCAUGA